GCUUAUGGCUUGACAUAAAAUAAACUGUUAAAAAAUGGGCGUUGGAGAGUUAUGGGUAAAGCAGUCGUGUUGGUGAUGGGGUUCGGCGUUCUGGGCCCACGAUUUUACUCAUUAGUGAAGGGUGCAUACCCCUGCAGCUAGCUAGCUCCCGCGAACGACAUGGGAGGCCAGGCUGCGGUGAACUCCAGUUUCUCAGCCGCCCAGCACUUUGGAUCAAGCAGUGCUACAUAAGACAAGCAACAAUCCUUUCUUUGCGCUUGAUUACUAUGCUUUUUUUUGAGUUUGAUAUCCAAGGCGAGGCUUUGGCAUCUUGCCCAAUUCAUCCAUCCCUUUGGACUCCUGCAACUUGGACGACUUUCCUUCCAGUCUGUUGAGCCGCUGCCCGAUCACCGGCAGCUCUUUUCAAAGAUGGCGAACUCUUCACUAGGCCAGUUCGACACAACGUUGGACUACGUAGUCGAGCAAUACCCAAGAUUGCAGGACAUGGACUUCAGCAAAAACUGCACGAUAUUUGGUGAAUGGCUAACCGCAUAUACCACCACAUACCGAAGAGACAAGAAGUCAGUUUUGGGGCCUCUCCUGCUACUGACCCCUGAUUUUGUCAAAAUGGCCCUGCCCGAUGGCUUUGAUUCCCCCUAUGCAAGCCUCCCUCAGACUAAAGAGGUUCUGUUGGCUUAUUAUGCCGACCUGAAUUCAUGGUACUUGGCAAAAUUCCUAGGCUACAAUGAAGCAAACGUCACCAAGGCCGAAGAAGAUCUUCUUGUCAAGAUACUUUAUGACCCUAUGGACAAGUGCAAAGUGGAGUUUUGCCAAGCCAUCGGUUUCAUUGGCAACGCCGACAUGACAGGCAUAGGGGUCAUGAUUUCAUACUAUAUCGGCGCGGGCUUGGCAACUGCCUACUUGAUAGCAUUCACAAUCGAGAGGUACAAGCAAGCGAAGAGGCAACAUGCCUCACGACAAGGCAUUCCUAUGCGGGCCGCCACCUUUGGCCACAAGGCUUCCAAGCGAGUGCUUGAGGCGUUUCACGGUAGCUUCUUUGGAUACAUUACAGCUUCCAUGAUGCUUUGCGUGUCGAUGCUCGUCGCCGGAAUUUAUAUUGCGAUUGACAAGAUCAACCAGAACAUUGACGAUAGAGACUCGGUUUUCGGUACUGCCAGCAGGUACGACAUGUCAUUGUCAAUGGCCAGCUGCGUGUUCAUUAUCUUUCCCAUCUUGGUAGGAUACUGCUUCAUGCGAGCCCCCGAGCAGGGCCAGGGGGCUAAGCAUAAAAAAUGGCUUCGAAGGGCCGUGCUUUUCCUUGUCUGGGCUUUAAUCACGGUCGAAGUCUUCCUUUCUCCCAGAGGUGAGAGCGACUAUGACUCGCGCAAAGUCGACACCAGCACCAUGACGCAAGUGCAACGCAGAGACUACGAUGCCGAAUACUUGUGUGAUCAACGCGGUGGGCAUAUCUACUGGAACAUUGUGAAGGCACUUCAAAUUAUGGUGAUUGGGCUACCAUUAAUAUGGCUCGUCGCCACCGUGUUUGUUUUCAAGGGCUUCGCCAUUCCGCGCCUCCGAGACAGUCCAACCCUGCAAAGACUCAGGAAGACGUGGCACCUGAUUCCUGCCUAUGCGGCUUUGGUGCUUAUGUGGGCGUCACUUUUCUUUCUCCAAUGGUACCGGCAAAAGAUUAGAAACAACUCGGGAAAGCUGGGCGAAGAGUCCCAAUGGGGCUUUGGUCAAAUCCUCGCCCUCUUCCUCUGGGCGCCGACCAUUGUCGAGUUUGUCUACAUUCUCAUCUGGGGCCUAGAGGACAGCCUUCAGAGCCAUAUGCCACCAAACCACCAACUCACGGUCGAACGAAAGUCCAACAACGUCCAGCCCGGAAACAUGGACUUCCAACAUGGCGAUGAGAUCACAGCAAACAACGACCAGCCUGAUUUCGAAGCCGGGGGCUACAAGAAGGUACCCGUGAUCAGCUCGAUAGCCACGACCGGGUACGACACGGCUUACUCGAGCCCCAUGCCGACGCCUCUGGCAAACCCGGUUCAGCAAGUCGCGAUCGCGGACGGGUUCUACGCUCAAGACAUGAGUGGCAACUGGGUGCUGGUCAGCAAGGACCAGGCUGCGAUGAUGCCCGGGUGCAUGCAUGUUGUUAAUGGGAAGGUUGUUCCUUCGGGGACCAGCAUGGGGCGCAUGUAGGUGCCCUGGUUGGUCGAGGAUGCAUUUGAUUCUUUGAUGUUUAGCGUGUAGCGGACUUGCCACUGUUUUCGGUUACUUUGGACAGGUUGAUGGUUCAUGGCGGGAUUUGCCCUUUAUACCCUGGUUGUUUAUUUGCCUGUUGUCUUGCCAGAAACGAUCUUCUUUAUGAAUCUACCAUAUUUUAAUGCUGAUGCUUUGCCACCGGUUACUUUAACUCACGCUUGUCGUUGUUUCACCCAUAUUUUACCCCCUUUCGAGAUCUGUAUUUCAUUUGCCAUAUGUCGA